UUGAUAAAUCUUCAGUCUGCACAACACGUCUUAUACGCAGGUCCUCCAUUUUGCUCGUAGAAAGGGUUGACUUAGGAAUGAGCGGUACUGGACCAAGUAUGGCUGCUGGGCGUGAAUUAAAUAAGGAACAGUGGUAUGUGGAAUGAACCAAAAAGUGUUGACGAGGAGCAGGUGGAGGAAUGAACAUGGAGUAAAGAAGAAACAUUACUACAUACCAGACGAUGGAGCUGUGCUUCGUAGCAGCCCGACGUCGGGGCAGCUAUUAUUCUGUUUAUUUAAGGCCGAAGUGAUUACCGUAAUGUAGUGGAAUAAAAGAGAUGCGAGUGCAAGAAAAUUCAUUUGCAUCAUGUGCCAAAAUGACCGAGGAAAGAAGCGUGAAUGGAGGUCCAGAUAUUCCCAGUGGCAGCAAAAGAGGAUAUUCAGCCGGAGAUAUCGACGGAACCCAAAGUCCCAAUUCUUCAACCAGCGAAGCUGAUAAAUCUUGCGGUAUCGCAGGUGGUAGACUGAAAUUUUUUAAGGAUGGUAAAUUCAUAUUGGAAUUAUCACACCGAACUGAAGGAGAUCGAACGUCAUGGGUUCCAGUGCCCAAAAAAACAUACUGGCCUCCUCCUGCAACUACUGCUACUAGUACUGGUACUCCACGCCAGGAGAGCUCAACCUCACUUAGUGUCUCAGAUGACAACUCAUCUGUCCAGUCAUCACCUUGGCAGCGAGAUCACUGUUGGAAGCAGACCAACCCUCGGCAAGGCAUUGGUAAAGAAAUGACUUUUGUGAUGCACUCAUUUCCACACAUGAGGCAUCUAAGGAGUCUUCAUUCUGUGUUUCACUGUAUACAAAAGAAGCGUAGAUGCCCUUACGUACCUAUAGAAGUGUCAGUGGAGAAUCACAGUGGUGUAAUAAGUGCACAUGUAAGAGGUGGAAAGAAAGAGCGAAACAGAAUAAAAUUGUUGGAUAUAGUACAAACUUUAUUAGAUAGAGUGAAAGGCUCAAGUAGUAGUAAUGAAAGCACUGUUUGCUCUAAUGCAAGUGGGGCUAUUCCACCAAAUCACGUGCGGACAGUAACUGUAGCAACGGCAAGACUGGAUCCUAGCAUUAUAUCCCCUAGGAAGAGAAUACUUCGUGAAAUGGAGAGAGUUAGUCUUGAGGACAUGUCGAACUCUAAACGACAGCGAGCUCGUACCAGUAGUGCCUUGCCACAGAACAAUAACAAUGGUAGCAGUGGAAAUUGUACUGUUACGUGCCAAACUCUCCAACCUGGCAGUGCACUUCCGUCUCCUCCCCAGCCUAGUGUCAAAGGCAGUGUGAGUAAUUACAGUAUUACCUCGCUCCUGGGAAAUAGUCGAAAUGAAGACGUACCAACACCUGGACCUCAAGAUACAGACACAUCAUUCCUACGUACUCUCCUGAAGUCUUCAGCACAACAGACUAGCAGCGUCGAACAGACUCCCAGACCCAAAGCGGCUUCAAAGCCUGCUGGAUCGAGGAAAUCGUCACCCACACAGCAACAGCAGCAGUCACCUCAACAACUGCCACAAACGCAGCACUCCCAAAACCAGUCACCUACACAGCAGCAGCAGCAGCUGUCGUCCCCAUCGCGGCUCAGCUCUCCUGCUCUCUCACCAUCACCAGAUAAUCUUCGCUCUGGACUUAGAAAUCCAGUUGUUCCGUCCAUUGGCAGCUCUGCACACCUCUCUCCAUUCCUUACACCUCCACUUAUAUAUCCACAACUUUCAUCUCCCUUUUUACCUCAUCCUCCUCCGACAUUAAGUCAUCAUCCUUACUAUUCCAGCCCUCCACCUGUAUCUGCAUAUCGUGGAUCUCCAUCACCAGUUCCAACUUUGUGGGUACAAUACCCACUUUCUAGUCUUCCAAGGGGGGCAGUUCAUUACGGACUUGUGGCUCCCUGCCAUGCACCACCUCUUAGUCCGUGCCAUUACAGCCCACUAACGCAACAACCACUGGAAGAGCUGAAGAAAGAAGAUAAUGGUUCAGAUGUUCCUCUGAAUUUGUCCAAACAUUCUGGCUGAAGACUGGCUGAUGUUGCCCACAGCUGAAAAACUGCUGUGCUGGAUAUAUGGUGAGUGUAUCAAAAUAGGUGCAGAGUAAUUCAGUAGUGGAACAUGGUUAAGUGUUCCACAUGUGAUUAACAGCUUUGCAUGCAAGAUACAAAAUAAAAUCUGGGAAACUGUCACUGAACAAUAGUUUAUGAAUUUGCAGACAGAAAUUUGUUAAAUCAAACUGAGUGUGUUAUUUUUCUUUUAAGUUUUCAGAAUUUUUAUGUGUGAAACAUGGUUAAUAGCCUCUUAACUGAAUUCUUGCUAAAGUACCUAUUAAUUAAUAAGCAUUGUAUUUCUCUCUGGGACUUUUGUAUUAUCUUCUGUGAUGUCCUUCCAGUAUUGCUAUGGAAAUAUAAAAGCUCGGGGCAAAUUGCAUUUUGUUUCACUUAAGUAAAAUAUAUUUAAAAGCUAAUAAAAAACUGGUAAAUAUUUUGAGGAGCUAUGUUAUGUCAUUUAUUUUAGCAUGUAAGUGUUCCUCAAAUUAAUGUGAUGUUUUUGUUUACUGACAUGGCGGUAAUUUAAUAUUACAGUUAUGCACUGACAAAGGGUGAGAAGAAUUUUUCUGUUUUUCUCAUUUGUCUGUUCACUGUAGAGUUAUAAGUACACACAACCUCUGAAGACUGAUCUAUAAAGGUUGUGGCCAAAAUGCUCAGAAUACUGCAAAUUUUGUUAUCACAAUUAUAUGUGACUGGUCAUAUUUAAUUCUUGAUUUCAUGUUGCUUUGGUUGGAAUUGGAAUUAAACAACUGUGAUUCAUGCCUCAUGGUAAAAUUUGUACUACUAAUACUGAAGUCAUAGCUGAUAUACUGACUAAUAAAUUUUAUAUAUAUCACUAUCAGAUAAUUAUUUUGCAUUUUAUGUGGUGAUAAAGCAGUUGAUUGCACAUAAAGCUAACAAGUGGAAUCCCACCUUUAAUAUUAGAAUUCUGUUAUACCUUGUACCAACUGCUACCUGCAGGAAAAAAUUCACAAAAUGAAUGUACAGGAUGCAGUGCAGUUGUUUUAGUAGUCUUAUACGAACUGUUGCUUUUAGGCUGAUGUUAUUAAUAUGCCUCCAUCUGUUUUGUACAGUAUUUAAACUGUUAUAAAAUACAGAAAAUUGAUUGAUUUUAAACUGCUUGCUUGUAAUAAAAUGAUUCUGUAAUUGAAUUUUUCAAAUAACAUACCUUGACUGGAGGUAAUGAUAUAAGCCAUUCUCUCUUCUUCCAGUAUCUGCCAAAGGUGACAGCUGUGAGAUGAGGAAUAUAGUUCCAUCACGUAUUCAGUAAAAAUGAAAACUUAAUUGGGUUUCUCUAGGGUUGUUAUCUAUGAUAAUUAUGAAGAUAAUCAUGGUAAUGAGUGAAUCAUUUAAUCUCAUUUUUAGUCCUUGUUUCUUAAUUAUUUUCUAAUUGUAAAAAUACUAUGUUUCCUCCUUUCCUGUAGAUACUGAAUGAAAGUAGAUGAAAUGUAAAAUGUACUGAUGUGGCCUUCUGUAUAGUCUUGGUUUCCUGUCCAGGUGAAAAACAUUUCUGUGAUGAAUAGGGAGGAUUUUGAAAGAAGUCGUGCUCAUUUUCUCACAUAGUGGUAUUUUAAUACUGAUUUUUCAGUAAAGCUUGCCAUGUUCUGUGAAAAACAUUUAAAAAUAACAGGAAUUUAGGUAAUGAUUGUGAUUGCUAGUGUCAAACACAUACUCUUAUUGUUUUACGUGCGAGCAGUCCAGUACGAAAAGAGUUAGUUUUGUCAACUUAUACACUUCGGGGUGAUUAUGGUUGGUUGGUUUGUGGGGGUUGAAGGGACCAGACUGCAAAGGUCAUUGGUCCCAGUGAUUAUGGUAAGGCUGCAUUUUAAUACAUAUUAGUAUGCAUACAGCUGUUCUGAUCUUUUAAAAACUCCCUGUUGUUUCCAUGUAUAUUUUGGCCUGUGUUCAUACUGUUUUUCUGCCUCUUUGAAGUUGUAAGUGAAACAGCUGGAACAACAUGUGAGAGUUUAAGUAAGUGCCAUACUCAGGAAUGUUAAGCUUCAGAAGAAAAGUGGCACACUGGUUAAUAAAGAUUGAAUUUGUUAUACGUAACAUUGUUUGAGUGUUCCAUGAGCAAAUUUGCACAAUAUAUUAAAAUUCUAAAACCAUUGUCCAUAUAUGAUUAGCCUACAGUGUAUGACCUUUGUUGAGAAAUGACUGAUAAGAUUUUCUUGGGUGUUGUGGUUAGAUCGUUUGCCUUUUUUUAAGUUAGGAGGAACACAGAGUUAUGAAACUGACACAUCUCGGAGCUACUGAGUGCUUUGACUGAUGUACAGAAAUUUCAUAUGAUUCAUAAUACAAUAGGGUUUUUUCUGGAACAUAAAGUCACCUAAAUAAGUUGGAAUUUUGGCUUUAGUGUUAGAAAUAACCAGUAAAAAGUAUCUUGUGAUGAUUUUUGAACAUGUCAAGAGGUCCUCUAUCUUUGCUGUCAAAUAAACCUCCUUUCCUGACACGCGUUCCUCGUCUUUCUCAACAAAAGUGAUUUGCAUUUCUGAAAUUCCAAAUUCAUUUUAAUUUUGUAUUAUUUGAAACUUUUAUUGGCCUCUCUACACCAAUCCUUGCUGUUUCUAGUUGUC